AUGGCACGUCUUCAUCCUCUCAUCGACAAUGGCAUCACUGCUGGUUCUGAUAGCUUUCCCGGUGGAAAGCUCCGCUGCCACUGCCCCUCAGACCAAGUGGAGGUCACCUUGCGCAGUAAUGUUGCUCAUAAUCAUGCUUGCGGCUGCUCAAAGUGCUGGAAGCCAACCGGUUCCCUCUUCUCUGUCGUCGGCGUUGUGCCCCGUGACGCUGUCUCUGUGACGGCAAACGCAUCCAAGCUUACAAUUGUUGACAAGGACGCUACUAUUCAACGAAACGCUUGCAAGGACUGUGGAGUCCAUCUCUUUGGUCGAAUCGAGAAAGAUCACCCUUUCAAGGGACUCGACUUUGUCCACGCCGAAUUGUCCAGCGAAAAGGGAUGGCAGGAACCACAGUUCGCAGCAUUCGUAUCAUCUAUCAUUGAGCAGGGUACCAGUCCUAAAGAGAUGGAUGGGGUGCGAGCCAAAUUGAAUUCCGUUGGACUGCAGACAUACGACGUCUUGUCCCCAGCUCUAAUGGAUUUGAUUUCCACUUUCACUGCACAGAAGGCAGGUGUUCGGUUUGCCAAUCUGUGA